UUUGCCCUCUCCUGGUUCUGAGGGCUCCUCUCAUCAUGAGCUCCUUCGAGGAGGCCGAAACAGAGGAGACAGUGACGUGCCUCCACCUGACCUUCUACCACCCCGGCCAGGGCGAGAAGAUGAUGUUCCGCUGCCUGGAUUUCUGCAGGCGCCAGCAGGUCCGGGCGGACGACACGGCCAAGUUCGGCCGCGAUUCCAGCCUCUGCCGCUACAGCCUGAUGGACACGCGCGUCUCCCGCAUCCAGUUCUCCCUGCAGUUCUACAGGAAGCUCCACACCUCGGAGUACGGCUUUGAGGUCAAGAACUUGAGCAAGAAAACCAAACUGACCGUCAACCAAACGGAACUGGGUUACUUGAACAAAAUCGAGCUGCCCCUGAAGUGCAUCAUCUGUUUUGGGGACUACCAGAUCCUGGCAGAGAUUCAAGAAGGGGAGGCCGUGGAUUAUUUUGAGAUUCACUUACACUUGGCUGAAGCACCCAUCUUACAAGAAAGGUGCCUGCCAUCCCUGCAGCCUAUACCCGAGAAUGGCAUUUCUCCUUCCUUUUCUCUUUCCCAAGGCAAAAGCCCCACAGAGAUUGAUGAAAACGAGCUGUACUAGCGGGGGGAAGGAGGCUGGAUCAGGUUUUGUAGUCUCCAACAUACACGGCUCUCACCUCAGCCCAGUGUUCUUGGCGGUGCUUGCUGACUGCUGCACAUCAGUUUACUUGGUGUUUUCAGCACAGACAUUCCACAGCACUGCUCCACAGAAAUGGAUUCCUGCCACUGCCUUCACUGAGGGCUCUCUGAUGCCCAGAAAGGUGUGGGAGGUGGGAGGUCACUCAGAUCCAUGGCAGCAGGUUCGAACUGUGGCCGCGUGCCUUGAAGGGACAUUGAACAGUCAUUAAUACAGAGCAUGCACAACAGGGUUUUUGGUCCCAGCCAAGGGGUGACACAAUGUCUUGUUGCAUAUUGUACUUCGUGCUCUGCUUUGCACACCAAAUUCCAAACAGUGUUUUUUGCGAGCCUAGAUUGUGACUUCACAGAUUUCGCAACUUAGAAACGCUUUGUCCUUUUGAAUUUAUGUUUUUAUUAGCUUCAAAGCUAAGUUUCUUUUUUAUUUCUACUUAUUUAAUUAACUUUUUUUUUUUUGCAAGUUAACUACUUUUGCUUGUGAUGUAGACAAACACAUAGCAUCAAUGAUCAUGGUUUAUAAAAAUCCACAUUAGUUUUGCAAUAAAUAUAUUUUGUUCUGUAUUAAGGAUUUGCUCCAUUAUAUAGCUGCAAUCUAGACGAAUUUUUGGAGAAUAAAAUUAUUUCCAGGACCAUCCAGAUAAGAGACUGUCACUGGCACUAUUCCAGGCUUUCCAAAAAUGCCAUCACUCCAAGGUAAGAAUUUACUUAAAUACUUUCAGGAAGUUUUCUACCUCUACUCCUCUACCCAAACCUCUCUUAAUGAUUUUCUUGUCUUUUAAGCAUUUUUCAGGUUGUUGCAGUUAAGUUUUUCUUUGUCAGGGGCUCAGCUUUUCAUUGGCAUUUGGCUUUUUUAUUGUGUCAAAUAUUUUAGUUUGCUUGAAAGACACACUGGGGCAGGAGUUACCCAUUUUAUCAUCCCUAAAUAUUAGGAUGUAUUUCAGCAUUAAUCAUUCCAAGAAAACCAUAAUUAUAACUGAGGGGAGGAACAGCUGAUAGUAAGGCAACCAACCACAAGUGUGAGAAAGCCAUGGGAGAGGCUAUGAAACUCAAACACAGGUUAAUGUAGGAUUUGUCUCGUUCAUCUCCACUGUGACAAAAUUACUUUGUUGCCAUGUUUUCCAAGCCUGGAACCAGGCUCUGGUUUCCAAACAACAAUCACUUGCUCAGCUGUAUUUACUUGAGGUAAGAAUCAACUGUGUAAAACACACAUUAAAAAAAUGAGUUGUCCCCUA